AUGCAACAGAUAAGACAAACGGGAGCUCCACAGGUACGAUCUACUGGAAUUGCUAAUGGGCCAACAGUUGACUCAUCACUGCCUACAAACUCUGUUUCCGGUCAGCAGCAUCAAGUUUCAUUAAACAGAGCGCUUAAUGUCACUCAGCCUGGAAUCCGUCCAGCUUGCCCUGUGCAGCCUGUGGCUAAUGGACCAUUUCCGGCAGGCCAAGUUUCCUGCAGCACCACAGGGACAAUGGGUAGUACAGACGCUAUGUUGAUAGGCAAUAAUCAUAUAACAGGAAGUGGAAGUAAUGGAAACGUGCCUUACCCGCAGCGAAAUGCACUCGCUCUACCUCAUAACCGCACAAACCUGACCAGCAGCACAGAGGAGCCGUGGAAAAACCAACUAUCUAACUCCACUCAGGGGCUUCAUAAAGGUCAGAAUUCACAUUUGGCAGGUCCUAAUGGUGAACGACCUAUUUCUUCCACUGGGCCUUCCCAGCAUCUCCAAGCAGCUGGCACUGGUAUUCAAAAUCAAAAUCAGGUUGGACAUCUUACCAUGCCUAGCAAUUCAGUAACACAGGGGGCUGCUCUCAAUCACCUCUCCUCUCACACUGCUACCUCAGGUGGACAACAAGGCAUUACUUUAACCAAAGAGAGCAAGCCUUCAGGAAAUGGAACAGUGCCUGAAACAAGCAGGCUUUCUGAAGGGACACCUAACAGUACUGCCGGUGUAGAGGGACUUCCUAAUCAUGUCCAUCAGGUGACGGCAGAUACUGUUCCUAGCCCUAGCCAUGGAGAUUCUAAGUCACCAGGUUUACUUAGUUCAGACAAUCCUCAGCUCUCUGCCUUGUUGAUGGGAAAAGCCAAUAACAAUGUGGGUACUGGAACCUGUGACAAAGUCAACAACAUUCAUCCAGCUGUUCAUACAAAAACUGAGAAUUCUGUUGCCUCCUCCCCAUCUUCAGCCAUUUCCACAGCGACACCUUCUCCAAAAUCUACUGAACAGACAAUGACCAACAGUGUUAUCAGCCUUAACAGCCCCCAUAGUGGACUUGAUACAGUCAAUGGGGAGGGUAUGGAAGACUCUCAAAGCCCUAAAAAGAAGGACCCAGCUAUAAUUAGCCACAAACAAAGCCCUCAGACUAUACCAUCCAUGUCAGUUUCCAUAUACCCUAGCUCAACAGAAGUUUUGAAAGCAUGCCGGAAUCUUGGCAAGAAUGGUCUAUCAAACAGUAGCAUUUUACUGGACAAGUGCCCCCCACCAAGACCACCUCCGCCUCCUUAUCCACCGUUACCAACAGAUAAAUUAAAUCCACCCACACCUAGCAUUUAUUUGGAGAAUAAGCGAGAUGCUUUCUUCCCACCUCUGCAUCAGUUCUGCACAAAUCCAAACAAUCCUGUCACUGUUAUCCGUGGCCUUGCUGGAGCACUUAAACUAGAUCUUGGAUUAUUCUCUACUAAAACACUGGUUGAAGCAAAUACAGAGCAUAUUGUUGAAGUGAGGACGCAAUUAUUACAGCCUUCAGACGAAAACUGGGACCCCCACUGGAACAAAGAAAAUUUGGCGUUGUGAGAGUAGUCACUCACAUACUACCAUUGCAAAAUAUGCACAGUACCAAGCUGCUUCAUUCCAGGAGUCAUUAAGAGAGGAGAAUGAGAAAAAAAGCCACCACAGAGAUCACUCAGACAGUGAAUCCACAUCCUCAGACAACUCUGGUAGAAAGAGAAGAGGCCCUUUCAAAACCAUUAAAUUUGGGACCAACAUUGACUUGUCUGAUGAAAGAAAGUGGAAAUUACAGCUACAUGAACUGACCAAACUUCCAGCAUUUGCACGUGUGGUGUCAGCUGGAAAUCUCCUGAGUCACAUUGGUCACACCAUAUUAGGAAUGAACACCGUACAGUUAUAUAUGAAGGUACCAGGCAGCAGAACACCAGGUCAUCAAGAGAACAAUAAUUUUUUGCUCUGUGAAUAUAAAUAUUGGGCCUGGAGAUUGUGAAUGGUUUGUGGUCCCGGAGUCAUACUGGUGUGUAAUGAAUGACUUUUGUGAAAAAAAUAAUAUUAAUUAUCUUUUGGGAUCCUGGUGGCCCAACCUUGAAGACUUGUACGAAGCAAAUGUUCCAGUUUACAGGUUCAUUCAAAGACCAGGGGAUUUAGUUUGGAUAAAUGCUGGAACAGUCCAUUGGGUUCAAGCAAUCGGCUGGUGUAAUAACAUUGCAUGGAAUGUUGGCCCUCUUACAGCUUACCAGUAUAAGCUAGCUGUGGAAAGGUACGAAUGGAAUAAAUUGCAAUGUGUAAAAUCUAUAGUACCAAUGGUUCAUCUCUCUUGGAACAUGGCAAGGAACAUCAAAGUGUCUGAUCCCAAACUCUUCGAAAUGAUAAAGUACUGCUUGCUGAGGACAUUGAAGCAGUGCCAGGCAUUAAGAGAAGCUCUUAUAGCCACAGGAAAGGAGGUUGUAUGGCAUGGACGAACAAAAGAGGAACCUGCACAUUACUGUAACAUCUGUGAGGUGGAAGUCUUCAAUUUGCUUUUUGUUACAAAAGAAAGCAAUUCUCGGAAGACCUAUAUAGUUCAUUGCCAUGACUGUGCACGAAAAACCAAUCCAGAUCUGGAAAACUUUGUGGUGCUAGAACAGUACAAAAUCGAGGAACUAAUGCAAAUAUACGACUUAUUUACAUUAG